AUGACCGAUCCAUUGGAUCUUCCAGUCGAUUUGGACUUUGACAAUGCUGGCAAUAUGUAUGUUUGUGAAAGUGGCAGCCACCGUGUACAAUUUUUUGCUUUAAUUAGCAAUAAAUCAUGUUCAACAUCAAAAGCAUCUAUGAGAGCAAUACCAACCAUUUUCACACUUUCAUUCUACUAUGCUCAAUAUUUGAUUGCAAUUGUUCUCACAAUGUUAACAUGGUUCAAUAUGGAACUAUUUUGA